AUCCACUUCUCUUGCCUUCUCCUCCUUGGUGAACAAGGUCCACCUCCAUCCCACCACCAUGUCCUGCUUCAGUCUGUGCAGCCCCUGUGGCCCGACCCCGCUGGCCAACAGCUGCAACGAGGUCUGUGUGCGCCAGUGCCAGGCCUCCCGGGUGGUGAUCCAGCCCUCUCCCGUGGUGGUCACCCUGCCUGGACCCAUCCUCAGCUCCUUCCCCCAGAACACCGCUGUGGGCUCCAGCACCUCUGCUGCUGUUGGCAGCAUCCUGAGUGAGGAGGGAGUGCCUAUCUCCUCUGGUGGCUUUGGUAUCUCCGGCCUGGGCAGCCGCAUCUCUGGCAGUAGGUACCCGCCCUGCUAAGGGUGAGGUGGACGUCCCAUGAACCCCUUGCCCAGGAAGCCCAAAGCCAGGUGACAGACUGAGGACAGAGCUGCUGGCCAGCAUUUCCAGACGGGCUGAGCACCCUGGCCAGAUGUUAUAACCCGGGAAUAUGACCAGCAGAUGUCUUCUUCUUCUACUUUCCUCUGAAUAUCACGAGUUCAUCUUGUGUCCUGCUGUCCUGUGCCUUGGGUUUAUCCUGAAGCAAGUGGAAAUGGCCUUGCUCCGUGUCCCAUGUGUGGGACGAAGACAUGAUUCCCAUUCCACUGGGAGCGUGUCUGAGUACCAGCUGCCCCCAUUGCAACCUGUACCAGAUCUCUUCUAUCACGCAUUGCUUCAUUUCUAUCUUCAGACUCAAUAAAGUUGAUGCUGCAUUGCAA